UUUCCUAAUAUGAUAGAGCAAAGACUUGUGGGAUUUUGUCAUGGAUUUACAAGGACAAGCCAUUUGUGAAAGAUAUACAAAAAGAGGAAUAUUUCUUACAACGGUGGUUUCCUUAGUUGUUGCGAUUGUAACAGACGAUUAUAAAACCACGUUCAAAGGCUUUCUUAUUGGAGUUUUUUUAGUAGCUUUGGUAGGUUGUCCAAAUACUAUUUCUGUCUGUAUGAGAAAAGCAAACUCAGUUCAUUCUCUUCUAGUGGGUACUUCCUAGUUGGCCAUUUUAUAGAAGACAUCC